GGAAGUGUAGUCUAACAGCUGGGUUUAAAUGGGAAGCAUUUCAACCCCAGAAGGGUGAGACUUUGAACGGCGUUCCCCUCCGGCAUACUGGGAAGUGUAGUCCAGCAAUUCUGUGGAGUCUGGGACUUCCAACUGGUGGCGCAGCGGUUAAGUGCUCGGUUACAGACUGUUAAUCAAGGUUGGCGGUUUGAACCCGUCAGCUGGUCCGCGGGAGAAAGAUGUGGCAGUCAACUGCCGAAAAUACCAGAGCAUUGGAAAUCCUAUGGUGCAGUUCUAUUCUAUCCUAUAGGGUAGCUUUGAAUCAGAUUCAACUUGACCGCAAUGGGUUUGGUUUGGGUUUUGAGAACCAGUUCUGUGGAAUUCUGGGAAGUGUAGUCCAGCUGCGCUGUGCAGUCUCGGGCACUUCCGCUCAGGCAGGUAGUUCUGGGGGAUUCUGGGAAGCGUGGUCCAGGAGCUCUGGAGUCGUAGGCACUUCCGCUUCAAGAGUGUGAUGUUCCUUUCGUCUUUAUCCCGUUACGGUGAUAAUUCAGUCUCGUGUUUCGCGACCUUCCAAACGUCGUGGGCCUUUGCUUGGGGUCAGCGAGGACUCAGAUAUCAAUUUAGGGGAAAAAGAAUCGCAGCGCAAGCGGAUGUUGGAAAGUUCUACUUUCCCAGGACUCUGUGUAUCUCAGGACUUUGUACACCACUAUAAGCAGGAAGAAAAAAAUGAGCAUGUUCAAGGAAGCAGUGGCUUUUAAGGACGUGGCUGUGGUCUUCACUGAGGAGGAGCUGGGGCUGCUGAACUCUGCCCAGAGGACACUGUACCAAGAUGUGAUGGUCGAGAACUUCUGGAACCUGGUCUCUGUGGGGUAUCAACUCUUCAAAUAGGAAAUAUUCUACUUAGACGGGGAAAAAACGUUAAGGUUGCUGAAGUCGGCAACCCAAAGAAGGGGGAAUUCAGGAUGCAAGAUCGCCCACAGUGAGAUGGAGACUUCUAUAGAACCACGACCACACGAGGAGUUUUCCUGCUGGCAGAUGUGGCAACAAAUUGCAGUUGACCUAACCAGACAUCAAGACUGCAUGAUAAAUAGUUCUCAGUUCCACAAACAAGGUGAUUCCCCUUGCCAGGUUGGGGCAGGACUAUCUAUUAUUCACACAGAAGUGAAACCUUAUCAGUGUGGUGAGUGUAAAAAAACCUUCAGUGAUGUCUCCAGCUUUGAUCUUCACCAACAGUCACACUCAGGAGAGAAGUCUCAUACCUGUAGCGAGUGUGGAAAAGACUUCCGUUAUAGCUCCGUUCUUCAUAUUCAUCAGAGAGUUCACAUGGGAGAGAACAGCUUUAAGUAUGAUGGCUGUGGUAAGACAUUCAGUCAGAGCUCACAUCUCCAAACUCAUCAGAAAGUCCAUGCUGUAGAGAAACCACACAAAUGUGAGACAUGUGGGAAAGGCUUCCGUUCUAGGUUUGCACUUAAUUUUCAUUGCAAAAUUCACACGGGAGAGAAACCUUAUAAUUGUGAAGAAUGUGGAAGAGCUUUCAUUCAUGCUUCAUAUCUUCGGGAACAUCAGAGAAUCCACAAUGAGGAGAAACCUUUCAAAUGUGAUGAAUGUGGCGAGAACUUUCGUCGUAGGUCAACACUUAAUAUCCAUUAUAUGCUCCAUACGGGAGAGAAACCAUACAAAUGUGCAGACUGUGGGAAAGACUUCCGUCAGUCUGCUGGUCUUCGGACCCAUCAGAGAAUCCAUAGUGGAGAAAAACCAUUCAAAUGUGAAGUGUGUGGGAAAAACUUCAGUAGGAGAUCACACCUUCGAUCCCAUCUGGGAGUCCACACAACAGAGAGACCAUACAGAUGUGUUCUGUGUGGGAAGAGCUUUAUGAUGAAAUACAAUUAUAAAUUUCAUCUGGUAGUCCACACCGGAGAUAAACCCUAUAAAUGUGAGAUGUGUGGGAAGUGCUUUAGUCGUAGAGGAGAUUAUAAUAUUCAUUGUAGAAUCCACACAGGAGAGAAACCCUAUACUUGUGACCAGUGUGGGAAGGACUUCAGCCGUAGAUCAGCACUUAAAGAUCACUGCAGAGUGCACACAGGAGAGAAGCCUUAUAAUUGUGAGGAGUGUGGAAAGUGCUUCAGUCGUCGAUCAGAGCUUAAUGUUCAUUGCAAAGUCCACAAGGGAGAGAAACCUUAUAACUGUGAGGAAUGUGGCAGGGCCUUCAUUCAGGCUUCACGUUUCCGGGAGCAUCAGAGAAUCCACACUGGGGAGAGACCAUUCAAAUGUGAUACAUGUGGUAAAAACUUCCAUUUAAAAUCAACACUUUAUAAUCAUUGCAAAAUCCACACAGGAGAACAGCCAUACAAAUGUGAGGAGUGUGGGAAGGGCUUCAACUUUCCCUCGAAACUUUAUGUCCAUAAGAGCAUCCAUACAGGAGAGAAACCAUAUAAUUGUGCACAGUGUGGGAAGCACUUUAGUCGGGGUUCCUAUCUUAGGAAACAUCAGAGAGUUCACAGUGGAGAAAAGCCACUCAAAUGGGAAGAGUGGAAAGAGAUGUGGUCAGAAUUUGCACCUUCAGUCCCAUCAGAGGGUUCACAGUGGAGAAAAGGUGUACAGAUGUGA